UGAACUUUGCCGCCUGUUGUUGUGUGGCAAGUUAGCGCAGUUUGUUGAAUUAGUAGACGACGAGAGGUAGCACUUGCGAUUUGCGGAGGCCUGCGGCGUGUGUCACCCCGUAUUCUUCGAGCCAUCACGAUAGUUUCUGCCGACAAACUGAUCUCGGAUCAGUGCAAGCGAUCACCACGGACUCCCCACGCCAACUACCGCAACAUUUCAACGGGGCAACCACGCUGCAGCGCCCGGACGAAAUGGCCAAACCCAGCGACCACGUCAAGCGGCCGAUGAACGCCUUCAUGGUGUGGUCACGCGGACAGCGCCGGAAAAUGGCCCAGGAAAACCCCAAGAUGCACAACUCAGAGAUCAGCAAGCGUCUUGGAGCCGAGUGGAAACUUCUGACAGAAGACCAGAAGCGGCCCUUCAUCGACGAAGCCAAGCGACUACGUGCCCUACACAUGAAGGAACACCCCGACUACAAGUACCGGCCCAGACGAAAACCCAAGAACUUGUUGAAAAACAAGGACAGGUACGCCUUUCCCAUACCAUGUAUUCCAUCUGCCGACGACCCUAUGAUGCGAUCCAUGGGUGCUGCUGUCACCACGCAGGGAACAGGCUUUCCUACCGGACUGUCAAUCGACAAAAUGCGGGCCUUCUUCCCGCCUACCACAUCGCCAUACCUUGACGGGGGCUCGCCCUUGGGCUCGACCAGUUACUCGAAGGCAGACCUGCUCUCCCAGAGUAUGCGGGAACAGAUCUCCGCCAGUGCCAGCCUCUACUCCUCUGCCAUGUAUCCGACGGCCGGCAGCGCUUUCUGCACUGCCCAGCCUCACACACACACGCACACCGCACCCGGACUGCACGGCCAACAGUACGUCGUACCGUGCAACUGUUGGUCGCCGGCGGCGCAGGACUUGCGCCGGCCCGUAGCCUACCUCCUGGUCAAGCCGGAUAUGGAGCACUACGCCGGAUCGGGGCACCCGCAAGCGACACCUGCCAUGUAAAAAAAGAUCACCAGGACCUGAGCCAUGUUAGCACCACUUGGACGACGCCACGGACAAGUUGAACAUGCCCGUGGCAAAUGUAUAGACAUUUAAGAGAAGAAGAAGAAGAUAGAACUUUGUAACUAACAACUUGAGUCAGGACGCGUCUUCAAAGAAAGACAGUUGAAUCUCGACUCCAAACGAACGGUGAGGUUUUAGACAUAGGUGUAUAAUAGGACUCUUGGAUUCCUCCAGCCAGUCUGGAUGGAAAGGAAAGGACUUCUUUCUUGGACUUUCAGAUAUUAUUUGCUUUUUGGGAUGCGAUGUUGUCAUUUUCUGCUGCCUGCAUCAUGAUAGAGGGGUUGGCACGAGUGCUCAUAUUUCUAUGUGAGUAACGAUUUCAUAUGGUUCCUCUUUUCCUUCCUACUCCUCUUUGGAUUGUAACUUUAUUCUGAGCUUAUAAAGAUUUUUUUGUACAAGACGACUGGGGAACGGAACUCUUGAUGAGUUCGUUUAUGUUCCUCUUAUUAUUGUGGACAAGGGGAAAACCGACUAAAGUCGGAGUGAUUUUGCUGUAAAUUCCAUUGAUUGUUGUGAAUAAUGCUUAAAUGAUGUGUAUUUAAUUUUUUGUGACACUAAUCUAAGUGAUUGAGACCAGAUUUGUAUAAUGAUUGACACUGGAGAGUUAGGACUAAAAUAUGUAUAAUAUUGUUGCAGUCGGAAAUAUCUAUAUAUAUUUUGUUAAAUCGACAGAGAGAGAGAGAGAAUAUGGUUUAACUUAAGAUUUACAAUUCUUCCCUGCAACAGCAAAUGUGUAUUUGUCUACAACAACCACAUCAUGCAUUUCCCAAUGCUUUGUGAAGUAUGUGAGACGUGGGCUCUUUUUCAAUGUUAUUUAAAGCGACUUGAUGAAGGUUUGCAUUUUCUUCCUGUAAAACAUUGACGUGUUUCGAUUUUGUUCGAACAAAGUAAAAGUUGGCCGUGUUAUAUUUCCGUGGAA